AGACAUUGCAUGUGAAUGAAGCCUUAAGAGCUAUUUAAAGAAAAAAGUGAAACAUCAUACCACAUGCAAUAUACUUAAAUUAAAUAUUAUAUAUUGAAUAAAAGCAUUAUUUUGUUUUAGUUAGUAGUGGUAAAAACUAAGCAUUAGCUUAUAAUCAGAAUAAGAAUUAGAGAUGCCAGAAGUAAAUGAAAAAUAUCUGAAGUGGAAAAUUUGAUAGUCAGUGGUUAUCCAUUUUGAAUUGGCUGACACAGUUUAGUAUAUUGUUGGACUUGUAUAAGGCUGUGUGCGCGCGUGUGUGUGCACGCGUGCAAUUAUUAUACUUGUGAUGCAGGAGACAGGGUAACUGACAGUUAAUCUCCCUUUAAUUUAAGAGAGUGUCAUCGAAAAUUGACCCUUGGUUAAAACCCUGAAUGGCGGAUGCUUAUACAUUGUGAUCAUUGUGUUUUAGAUUGUAGCUUUAUAGUAUCUUUUAACCCAAAGUCGCCACAACUAACACUUACUCACGACCCAUUGAUUACAUUAGACUUUACAAUAAUGAUAUCAAAGACUAUAUAAUCUGAUUUGUGUGCUGUUGAUGACAAAAUGAAGAAUUUUUUUUUGUUCUGGUUUUACAGUCUGCAUUAAUGUAUCUUUUGCUGAGAAAAUAAAGCAAAUUUUAAGUUUAGCAUUGUUUGUGUCUUUGAUAUCAUUGUACCAUCUUGAUUGUUUUUUCUCAAUAUUGCCCAUUCAGUAGCAUCAAACAAAAUACUUGAAUUUCAUGAUAUGAAUAAUGUUUUGCUUAUUUCAGUGGUUUUAUCGAAUGCUUCCAUUUAUUUAUUUUCACAAUGUCAUUACAAAGGUGCACAGUAAAUUGCUUGGGAAUUUAACCAAAAAAGAAUUAGUAUUCAACUAAUUUUAAAUUAUACUCUUUGCUAGCUUAAAAGGUUGUGGGGACAGCAUUUGUAUGUUUAUUUAAAGAAAAUGUGCAUUAUAUUUUGGGAUAUAACACAAUUUUUCCACCACCAAUUUGGCAUGGAAAGACAGUCCCAAAUUAAUGCUAAUUAUUAAUAGAAAGAAUUAUGUAUAUAUGGGAAGUUUGCUACUUUUAGUUAUCUGUCUGUUCACUGAUAUUCAGUAUUACUUAAAUAAGCACAGAUUGGGGAGCAGACAGAUUUAGUAACUUUACUUUUAUUUAAUUGUGUCUGCAGUACUUUUGUUUCUAACAUUAAAGGUUUUGCUUUAGCAUAGUUCUCCUGUCUUAGAAAGAAGUACAUAUAUUUUGGAUUUUAAAAAAAUACGUGAUUUGAAAAAAAAGUCUAGCAUUGAUCAACACAAGUAAUCUAACAAUUUGCUGAUUGAUGAAUUUUCAUAAUGUAAUAGCAGAGGAAGUGAAAUUCUCAUAAAACCAUUGAUCACAAUCAUAAGCUCAUUAUAGACACUAUUCGCUACCAAAAAGGAUAGCUUGCAGUUAUGGAAUCGCAGUUAAGGUAUUAGAUAAGAAACUUUUGAACAUGCUUUUUCUACUUGUCCACUGAACCCUGUCUGAGCCAAUUGAUUGGUAAGCAUCAUCUUUCAUUCCAGAGGCUCAGAUAAUGUGCUCUGUUGUCCCUCCGUCAAUACACUCUGGUUGUGACUUCAUGUUGAUAUUUAACCAUAUUUCCCUGUUACUUCCCCAGUUGUUAUUAUUUUACUGGAUUCUGUGAGAAAUGCAAAACCUUAAUCAAUGAAACAAUGCAAUUGAAGUGAGCAAAAUGUUACCAUUAUUAUUAGUACUAAGGAGAUUACCUUAUUGGGAAACAAAUUAUGUGAUUUUGAAAAAAAUCUUUAUACUUAAGAUAAUGCUGUGCUUAAUUUGACAAUAAGCACAAUCUCCCAAUGUCCUAUGCAUAACUAGAUAUUGGUCAAGUUUUAUAAGCCUCUGGUUAUAUUAUUAUCAAUUUUACGUGGUCUUUUGAAGAUAGUGGAUAUCCAAUCAGAUUACGAUUCUAAGGCUUUCUUUACAUCACUGCUUAUUGAUUUUUGAGUGCGGUGUGUAGUGUCUUUCCCUUAAUUGAGUUUUCCCUCCUCUUGCUGCCAAUUCACAUGACAAGUUGAACUGGAGGAAAGUGGAACCUGUUACUUAGUUUUAUGAUGGAACUUGCGGUAGUAAGUUUACCACAGCUUUCUUCUCAUCAUCUUGUUGAGUCUGAAUUAGAACAAGUUAGUGCUUGCAAUGGGAAUAAUACUGCUUCCACUCCACUCAGUUCUCAUGAUGUUUCUAGCAAAGAUGAUCACUCUCGAUCCGAAGAUGACAAUCAAGGUGAAGAUGGCAAAAAUGCCAACGAGAGACUUAGUCUCACAAAUGCUGAGGGAGAUACGAGUGCAGAUAGGGAGAUGGCUUUAUAUGAGGAUGAGUUCAGGAAUCGUCCCAUGAUAUCACAGGUGUUGUCUAGGUUGGUAAGCUACUCUGGUGGCACAGUACCAAGUGAACAUGAAAUUGAAAAAUCAGCAAGAAAACCACAGGUUAGCAAGUUGGGCACCAUCCUUGGCGUGUACCUCCCAUGUCUGCAGAACAUCUUUGGUGUCAUUUUAUUUGUCAGAAUGACAUGGAUAGUGGGGACUGCUGGAAUACCACAGGCUUUCAUGAUUGUAUUGCUGUGCUGCUGCACUACUUUGUUGACUUCCAUAUCUCUGAGUGCUAUAGCGACCAAUGGGGUGGUCCCAGCUGGAGGAGCGUAUUUCCUUAUCUCCAGGAACCUGGGGCCAGAGUUUGGUGGGGCUGUAGGUAUCCUUUUCUACCUUGGGACCAGUUUUGCGGCAGCCAUGUACAUUAUAGGUGCUAUAGAGAUUCUUCUGAAAUACAUGGCCCCAGUCAUACAAAUCAUAACUGACAAUGACCCAGAGACAACAUAUGAUCUGGUGAACACCUACAGGAUCUAUGGCACUAUAUUGCUGGUGAUCUUGUUCUGUGCUGUAUUUGCUGGUGUUAAGUUUGUCAGCAUGGUGGCAGCACUAUCUCUAAGCUGUGUCAUCCUAUCCAUCUUGGCAAUCUACAUUGGGAUUUUUGCAGCUAAUCCAGAUGGUAGUGUCAAAGUGUGCUACCUAGGAGAUAGAAUACUAGCUGGUCCAGUGAACUGUACUAAGGCUGAGGGAGGCCCUAUUUUCAAUAACUACUGCCCUGGGGGUAACUUCUCUGCCUGUGACCAGUACUUCCUGGACCAUGAGACCAGAGAGAUAGCAGGAAUACCAGGCUUGGCCAGUGGAGAAUUUCAUGAUAAUGUGAAUGGACCAUACUCCAGAUUGGGCUAUGUGGUUGGCAGCGACACAGAUGAAGGGGACAAGGGUCGAGGUGAAGUCAUCUCAGAUCUUACCACCACGUUCACCAUACUGCUUGGUAUCUUCUUCCCCUCUGUCACAGGGAUCAUGGCAGGCUCCAACAGGUCUGGAGACUUGGAGGAUGCACAGAAGUCUAUCCCCAGAGGAACCAUAGCGGCUGUGCUUACUACAUCUUUUGUUUACCUGUCCAGUGUUCUGUUUUAUGGUGGUGCAACUGAUGGAGGUCUACUUAGAGACAAGUUUGGUGAAAGUAUAGGCGGAGACUUGGUGGUUGCCAAUCUAGCCUGGCCACACCCCUGGGUCAUCAUCAUUGGCUCCUUUCUAUCCACUGUAGGUGCUGGACUACAAAGUUUGACAGGUGCUCCAAGACUUCUACAAGCCAUUUCAAAGGAUGGCAUCAUUCCUUUCCUAAAAAUAUUCAGCGUGGCCACCAAGAGAGGGGAACCCCUGCGAGCCCUGUUGUUAACUGCCUGCAUCACAGAAAUUGGGAUCCUCAUUGGAAAUCUGGAUUAUGUGGCCCCAAUUAUUACAAUGUUCUUCCUGAUGUGCUAUGGCUUUGUGAACCUGGCCUGUGCCCUGCAGACACUACUGAAGGAGCCCAGCUGGAGGCCACGUUUUAGGUUUUAUCAUUGGACGCUGUCACUGCUGGGUGUGGGGAUGUGUAUAGCUCUCAUGUUCAUCUCCAGCUGGUAUUAUGCACUGGUUGCCAUAGCUAUUGCUGGGUGCAUCUACAAAUACAUUGAAUUUAAAGGUGCUGAGAAGGAAUGGGGAGAUGGUUUCCGAGGGUUAGCCAUGUCUGCGGCCAGGUACUCUUUACUCAGGCUAGAAGAUGGACCACCACAUACCAAGAACUGGAGACCUCAGCUUCUUGUCCUCAUGAAACCCACCUCUGGCCUGCAACCUAAAUAUCCCAGAACACUGGAUUUUGCCCAUCAGCUGAAAGCAGGGAAAGGCUUGACUCUGGUUGCCUCUGUGUUAGAGGGAGAUUAUCAUGAGAGAUAUGCAGAUGCACAGGCUGCUAAAGAGAUCCUGAAACGUGUUAUGGCUGAGGAGAAAGUGAAAGGAUUUUCAGAAGUUCUGGUUUCCACUGAAGUGAACCAAGGCCUGGAUCACCUCAUACAGACAGCUGGUUUGGGUGGCCUGAAGCACAACACAGUGGUUGUAGGAUGGCCAUAUGGGUGGAGGCAGUCAGAAGAUGAGAAGUCGUGGAGAGUGUUCAUCGGCACAGUGCGCAGCGUGUCAGCAGCCCAGCUUGCCCUCCUUGUCCCCAAGAACAUCAACAUGUACCCAGAGUCCCAAAAUGAGAAGUAUACUGGCACCAUUGAUGUCUGGUGGAUAGUCCAUGACGGAGGAAUGCUGAUGCUGUUACCUUUCCUGUUAAAACAGCAUAAAGUGUGGAAGAACUGCAAGAUGAGAUUGUUCACUGUGGCCCAAAUUGAGGACAACAGCAUACAGAUGAAGAAAGAUCUGACGACAUUCUUGUACCACCUGAGGAUAGAUGCUGAUGUGGAGGUGGUUGAGAUGCCAAAUAGUGACAUAUCAGCCUAUACAUAUGAGAGAACGCUGAUGAUGGAGCAGAGGUCCAAGAUGCUGAAAGAGAUGAAAGGAUGCGGGAAGAUAGUGGAUAAGAUAGAGUCUGGUGCACAAAUUGUGCUUGCUGAUCAGAUCGUAGAAAAAGCUCACCAAUCUGGCCGAGCCUCAGAUGUGGGUAUUGAAAUAGACCGCCUCUCACCAGAUGGGAACAUACAAGAGAGUAAUGAGUAUACUUUCACCCCAUCUGUCAAACAAGCCAAGAAAGAAAAAACAGACAAAGCAGUGAAAUUUAGCAAAGAUGUCAUGGAUCCAAAACCAGACAAGAAGAACGUCCGCAGAAUGCACACAGCUGUCCGCCUCAAUGAAGUGAUAGUGGAGAAAUCCCACAGUGCCAAGCUGGUGCUGCUGAACAUGCCAGGGCCACCAAAAUCAGCAGAGGGGGAAGAAAAAUACAUGGAGUUCCUGGAGGUAUUAACGGAGGGUAUAGACAGAGUGGUCUUAGUCAGGGGCAGUGGCAGGGAAGUGAUCACCAUGUACUCAUAACAACUGUGAUAGUCUGACUUACAGGGUGAUAGUGGCAGCAGCUAGGGUGAGGAGGAUAAAACCAAAAACAUCGAAAAGGACUGAUUAGUGUCAGACGAACAAAAGGAAGGUGUCACAACGAGUAGUGGUGAUUACUGUUAAAAUCCAAAAUUUUAAUAUGAAGACAACAAGAACUUACAGUGAUUUCUGGGGAAAAAGAAAAAAGCUGAAGACAAUGUAAAGUUACUGCAACUCCGUUACACUUUUGAUACUUAGGCAGACUUGGAGGGUAAGGGCACAAUUUUUUUUUCUGCUUGGCCCCCCUCAUGAAAUCUUGGAUCCAUUCAUUAGUUUAUUACAUAUAGAACCAUUACAGCAACAGACACUGUAUAUUGUCAUUUUACCAUCCAAGUAUUGAACUUUGACAAAAGCAGGAUGCCUGCAUCAUCAGAUAGAUUCACAAUACCAUUGUUGUGCUAUUGUAACAAUAGUUUGAAUUCAUAAAAAUUGGUUCCAUCUGUGAGCUUGGUUGCUAAAAUGGCCAUGCCAACCUAUAUAGUAGCAUUUUAUAUUAUUACAAACAUUUUGGCUAUUAAGCUACGUAUAUUUAUAUUUUAGAAAAGUAUUGAGGCCCAGUUUGAAGAGUAUAAUUUGAUGAAAACAUCCUGGUAUAAAAUGUUGUUCUAACGAAAAUAGAUUCAUUUGUGGCUUUGUCAUUUAGGCAAUGUGUGUUUGAGACAAAAAAAUUACGUGGGACUCAUUUGACAUAGGAGUUGGAAUUAUCAGUAGAUCUGCUAGCUUUUUUCAGUGCCAAAAAAUAAUGUCCUUAAACUGAAAUCUAACAUCCCUUUAUUACACUCAGCUCAAAGUCUUUGAAUUGUUUUAAAUUUUUUAAAUGUACACCCAUCCAAAGCCAGUAUAAUUGCAUUGGUUGCUUCCCGAGGGCCUUUAGAAAAAGCCUUUAGACCCAGCCUUUAACACUCUACUGGUAUAGUAUUCCAUGAAUCUCUCACAGCAACCAGAAACAUUUUUGGUUAUCUGGAUUGAAAUACAAAGAUUUCCUUUUUUCAAUAAUGCUGUUGUCAUACAGGUCGUUUUAAAAUUUAGGGCCAAAUAAUGUUCUCAUAACAUGCCUUCUUGCAAUAAAAUGAGUGUGGAGUGACGACAUACAUGACCAAGCCAUUUACCCAUAAAAUUUUGUGAUUUCUCUUUUAAAAAAGACAUCAGUAUUAUUAUACCAAAAAAAGACAACAUUUUAAUGAGACAUGUCACUUACACUUUGAAUUCAUUCUACCCCACACAGCAAAAGAUGAGAAAAUUGAUUUUUUUCUCUGCAAUUUUUCCGGUUGUAUUCUUAAAGCCUGCAAAUUUUACAUGAUGGUUAAUUUUGGGAUGCUUUCAAAUUUAUACAAUUCUUUCGUACCCUUCAUAAAAAGGAUGAAUCAACAUAACUUGAGAUGCUUUUAGACAAAAAUCAAAUUACAUCUGGUAUUGUAGAUUGUAUGUAUAGAAUAUUAAUGGUAAUUUCAUAUCAGCACAUUGGUUGAGAUUAAAAGGAAUGUGGCAUUUAGCAUUUUAAGGUAUUUACAUGUUUAAGCAUAUGUCCUAGUACAAAGGAAUAAGAAAUAGAAGACAGUGCUUGUAGUUAAUUGUUUGCACAUAUUUCAUUCAUUUUGUGGUCAAAAUGUUAUAAUUUCUUUGAAGACCACUAUUUAUGGAAACUUGAUAUAACCCACCAACAAUGUAUUAUGAUGCCAACUUUUUUACAACUUUCCCAAGAUUAAUGCAUUUGUGUUGAAUAUAUGGGUGAAUGUAAUUUAUGAAUAUUUUGCUAUAUAGCAGUUUUUACCUCAGCAGCCAUAGGUUACCCUCACAUGAGACUCCACUAAGGUUUAGCUCACUCCACUUCUAAAUUUUGUCAACAGUCUUAAUAAGCAAAUGUGGUAAUGAAAGCAAUCUGGCAAGUACUAAAUUUAAGCAAAAUUGAUUAUUUAUUCGCAAACAAUAUCUAUAUGGCAAGUUCUGUUUACACCAUAAAGAAUGCUUUAUAAGGUACUAAAAUUGAUGAAUUCUUAACUAAAGAUACUUAAACAAGAUUGAAGUAUGGCAAUUAAAUAUCUUUGGGACAAACAAAUUUAUUAUUUGUCCAUGGUAUGCAUACACCUGCUGUAUUGCAAUGAAGACAUUUCUGAUGAAUUUUUAGUUUGAUUCAGAGCCCAACUUGUGGAGCCUUGUGUGAUAGGAGCCAUCGAGACAAAUCUCAGCCAAUCUGUGAAUUUCCAGUUUUCUAGUUGUGUUGCUUGUUUUAAAAUGUAGUCUAUGCUAGUGUCAUUGGCACAAGGUGAUUCUAAGUCAGUAAGACUGUGCAAUUAUUUAAAAACUUUGUGAACUUUCUCUUAAUAUUUGAAUGUUAUUAGGUGAUAUAUAAUUUAUUGCAGAAUUAUUUUGAGAUCAUUUAGUUUGAAGUUAUUUAUUUUCCAAACUAAUCAAAAUUAGACCUCGAAAGUUUUUUCCUUACUGAGUUUAUUUAAAAUAAAAAAGAGUUAAAUUUCUAGGUCAAAUUUUAAUUAGAUUGCAUGUUUUUCUGUAUGUGUGGUGUUUGUAAAAGUAUUUUAAAGCAUUUCAGAACUUAGCCUAGUUGCUUUUUGAAAAAUUAAAUAUUGAAUAAUAUCAAAUAAACACAAGUAUGCGCUACUUAAUAUGAAUAUUGAAGUUGCAGUUUUAUGCAUUUUAUAUUUCACUGCUGUAGUUUUGUCAAGUUACCUCAAGGUUUACAUGACUGUGAAUAUCCUUACUAGAAAAUGUGACAGCAUUGGUCAUUUUUAUUUAUUUAUUUUCAGUAGACAAAUCAUUCUACUAAGCAAACUUUCCAAUAUGUUUUAGAACUAAAGUUGCAAAUCAUUCUUUUUAAAACAAGAAAUUUAUCAGUCAUAGAAUAAUGCUAACUGG